CGGUCUGUGCAUUCUCCGUAGUGCGUCAUAUCUUAACUGUCUCUACAGUCCAACACUUUUACCAUCGAAACUCUGGAUAUAUAUAAUAAAUACCGGUGGUUAAUAUAAGCAUAUACGAGUUAGCUAACAUCCUCGAUGCUCUUUGUCAAGGUGCAGCUUCAAUGGACUGGUUAGAAUGGACCGGAUGACGUAAAAGCCGUCUACCCCAUGACCAGACAGGCCUGUGUCCGAUGGACGGCCAGCCAGAUCGGUCGCGCUUCCUAUCCAGUUCGGCCGUGAUGGACACUGCCACACCCUCUCCUCUUUUCACGGAUUUGGCUCGACAUACCGCCGGUCUGGUACCCUCAUGUACAGCAGCAGACUCUUCUUUGCACAGUCGCUAUAUCCAGGCAUCUCUUCCGCUUGGAUCGGCUUCUACUUGUCCCUUUCUUGGUGGAAUGUAUGCAGGAUCACUACCUGCACCACCUAGUUCACCUUUUCGAUCACCAACAGGAAAUAUUCGACAGUUCUGGCCUCCUACACCACCACCAGAAGGAUACAGUAGAUAUGGUGUCAGCCCUGCUAUCUAUCCUAUAUUUCCUUCUGUUGCAUCUAUAGCUCCAUCCACUGAAAAUGGUACUUUGCUUAAUCCUGGAUUAAAUUCUCGACUUGGGACUUUACCAACUCAUUUUCCUCAUUUACUAGAUUCAUAUUCUGAUCCUACUUAUUAUUCAUCAGGAUAUGGACUUGGUUCUUCUCUUCCUCCUACAAGUCACAUAACUCCCAGUCUACCACUUUCAAAUCUUACUCCUACUUUAGACAGACAUCCAUCCUAUAUACCCUUAGUUGGACGUGUAAAGGGAUUAAAUAUUACAAGGCAGGCAACUGAUGAUGAUGAUUUACAUAGGGUAAAGAGCAGCACUAAUAGUUUUAUGACCUGGGAUACAUCUUACAAUUCAGAAAGUACGAAACCAACUAUUGGCAAGACUGAAUCUCAACCAAAAUCAAAAGAUUUUAGUAGCAACAAAGAUGAAACAAGAAGUGCCUCAUGUAAAGGGAAGGGAGAAAGUCGUGUCAGCAAUCGGAAAAAUGAAGUUAAACAUCAGAUAAAGCAAGCUGUAUCUUCUGGUGGAGAUAGUAAUAACAAGUCCACAUCUGUGAUAAAUCCCAGCUUGUCUAGUGUGCUGUCCGACAGCUAUGACUUAAAGUCACCAAAUUCUAAGAAUGGGCUUGAAUGCCCAAAAUGUGUUGUGAAUCCCAGUACUGUAGUCAGAACUGUGAACUCAGUUGAUCUUGCCAAUAGUGGUGACAGUGCUGUGAUAUGUUUAGGUCAUACACCUGCUGUGGCUACAGUUACACGAACUGUUGCUCCCUCACUUCCUAAUUGUGCAACUGCAAAUAAUCAUCUUAAUGUUGAAAAUGGAAAUGUAAAAUCUCAUCAAACUAUAGCUGGAUCAGUAACACAGCCUCCUACUGCAAUUACUUAUGUCAGUAGACAGUUAUGUUAUCAAUCUAUCUCAGAGAGCACUGUAUCAAAGUCAGUAACAGGAAAUAGUUCAUGUUUAAGUGUUAAAAUAUCAGGCCAUGUAACAUCUGUCAGUUCCUCACAGGUAGUAUUAGAUGGAAGAAAUGAAAAUAAAAGUUCAAUGGAAGAUGCAAAAUUGAACAUUGAGACUCCUGUUUGGACAGAACAGAAACCUGGAGAAAGUGAUAAUUCUAAGGACUUUCAAAAUUCAGAUGAAUUUCAGUCUGAGAAAUCAGAUAAAAAUCCUGUUUCGUGUUCAUUGUCGUCAAAUGUGCUUUCAUCAUAUUCUGAAAACACUCCAUCAUUGCAAAAUGUCUCACUAACAAAAGAUCAUUCCCAGCAUACUGUAAAAGUGCCAUCCACUGUUAGCACCAUUGUUCAUGCUCAUUCUUCAUCAAAUAAACUUUCAAAUGUGUGUUAUAAAAAUCUUAAAAAUACAAAAUUAAAUGAAUCAAGAAAAAUUUCCAAUAUUAAAGAAGUUAAUUAUUUACCAAUAGCAAUUCAACCGAAAAAGGAACAAUCAUCAGCUUGUAAGAUAGAACAAGUGAAGCCAUCUUUGCCAAAUAAUUGGAAUGAAUCUAGGAGCUUACAAAUAACAUGUGAUGGUGAUAUUGAACCUCAAGCAAUUAAUUUAUCACUCCCACAAAAGCUUCCUAAGUCAGAACCAAAUGAAUUGCCAAACUGUAAAAGUUCGAAUGUAAUGAAACUUCCAGUAACAGAAAAGAGUUAUUUGCCUGUAAAAUCUCUUGCUUAUAAUGAAUUAUCUUCCAAUUCUCAAGCCAAAACAAAUCAGUUAGAAACCUGCAUAAAACCAAAAAAAUUAAUAAGCUCUCAUUGGCCACAAACACAAAAUUUGGUAACACAUUUUGAAAGCAGCUCAUCCUGCCAGUCACAAGUGACAGCAGCUCGUUCACUGAGUUCUGUUUCUGUUCGAACUGUUAAAAGUUGCUUGAGUAAGCAGUCUGUGGUGCCUUCAAGUACUCCAUUGACAAAUGUAUCCUCGCUAGUCAAACCCACUCUUUCUACAACAACAAAAUCUAGUCUAAAAAGUGCUACUGCUAUCAAAAUAACAGGACGAGGAGCUGCAGACUCUAAUUGCCAUCGAAAUAGUCUUUCGGUCACGCCAACCUUAUCAAGUAGUAUUGAUAAUACUCGUAAAACCACCACAGAAGAAGGAGCCAAUAGCACAAAUUCAUUAACAACAACACUAUCUUUACCUUUUUCUGGAACAGUAAAUUCAUCUAUUCCAAUUGGGAUUGCCAUUGCCCAGCAACGCCAAGAAACGACAUUAUCUCCCAAACAAGAUGAAAAGCGUGAUAUUCCUGAACAGAAUACCCAUUUAACAUCAGUGCCAGUAACAAGUACUGCAAAUCUUGUAGAAUUAGUAAGAGAUCAUAAAACAACUGAUCGAAUACCUCGGCACUCUGCUCCUGCAGAUGCUGGUGGUGUCUUGGUAACAUUAGGACCUACAUUAAACUCAAACCAAUGGGACACAGAUAAUAACUCAAGAACAUCAAUAUCUCAGCCAUGGGUAACCCAUACUCCUGUUGUUACACCCACUGUGUGGGUAGGUCAGAGUGUUCCAACAACUCCAAAUGCUUCAACGUUACCUGUAAUGCCAGUCAGCACUUUGGAUACAACUCAGUUACCUGUGUCAACAGGAGGUUUCCAGUUAGCUAGAGAUCCAUUAACUGGUCAUUUAUAUCUCAUUCCAGCAACAAGUAUAGAAUUGACUGAUCAUUCGGGAAUGUGGCCUAUAUUUUUACCAUCUACAGGUUCUGUUUCGCUACAACAAGUUAUUCCCCAUUCUCAGACUAAUCAAGUUGUAGAAAAUGAUCAGGUUGGUGAUUCUACUGUCACAUUACAACAAUCACAAACUCAGAUCCAGUCCAUUAGGUUACAUUCAACGGCUCCAGCAGAUAAAACAUUUUGUGAUAUAAAUGCAACAGCAAGUCAAGAAAAUCACGAUACAUCUCAGUUUUUAUAUCAUUCUGUAAAACAAGAAAAUAAAGAUGAAAAGUCUACUGAUAUUCCAUUAUUGAAUGGAUUACCUGUAGCCACAGGUCAACCAUUUGCUUAUGCUGCAUUUUCUUUACAUGGUGGUACUAUUUCAUAUUAUUUUGAGCCAUCUUCAGUAGUUCAUUUAGCUCAAACGCAAGUAACUGCAUCCAUUCAGACAGAAUCAGGAAAAAGAUCUCAAGGUACUUCACCACUUCAUUCUGUUACGCCAUCUCCACCUCCUAAUAAUCCAUCAGAACAUGGCACUCAAGCAUCAGGAUCUGAUGAUCCACUUGAAGAAGAAGAAGAAAGUGAUGAUAGCAGUAGUUCCAAUCAAGUCUGUACUCAAACAAAAUUGAGCAACAAUGCAUUAGCUGUAGCAACAGCAACUCAAGUAGAUAUGAAUUCAGAUGACGAUUAUGAGGAAAGAAACGUUGAAACUUCCGAUUCUGCAUGCCAAACCGAAGCAAUUGUAGGUAAUGUUAGAGAAGAUGGGACAGAAGAUGAUAUUUCUUUACAAAGCCAAUUAGAUGUUGAAAAUAAUCCUGAUAGAGAAAACAGCAAUACAUUAUCUCCUCCAGAUUUAAGUACUUUAGAAAAAGCUCCCAAAUUAUCUGUUGCUACUGAAAAUAAUUUGAGUCAUACAGAUAUAAAUAAAUUAACAACAGAAAUUUGUCCCAGUGAUGUCGAAAUAUCCUUAGAUUCAACACCAGUGUUAACAGCAGAGAGUAAACCUGUUAUGGAUUUUAUCGAUCAUCAUGGAUUAGAUCUUUUAGUCGACAGCAUAGAAGAAUUUGCUUGCCGUGAACAAGAAAUGAAACAGGAAGACAGGGAAUCAUCUGAAACCAAUAGCUCCAAUGACAAAAAUGAAACUAAAACAGAAAAAAAAGAAGAAAAAGUAAUUUCAGAAAACAAUAAUAGCUCAACUUCCGAAGACAAAACUUCUUAUCCUAGUAUAGAUCCUUUAAGUGUAGAUGGUUUAGGUUUGCUAUGUGCUCUUGCCGAACAAAGAUUCCUAGAAGAAACAAUGAAUUCACGUGAAAGCAAAGAUAAAAAAUAUUUAAAUCAUUUAAAUCCAUGCAAACCUUCUUUAACAUUCAAAUCAGUAAAAAAACUUGAUAUUAAUAGUAAUGCAGUAGAUGAAAGAAAGUCUAUUUUAGAUUCUGUUUCAGUUUCUUCAAUUCAGAAAAAAAUGGGUUCAGAUCAGAAAUUUAGCAAAACUAUAAACUUGACAACUAGCGAUACAAUGGAUGCUACCGAAUUAGAAAUGAGGAUACGAAUGGCCGAAUUGCAACAUAAAUAUAAACAGAAACAGCAAGAACUUUCUCGUUUAAGACCAAAAAAACAAAAAGAUAUAGAUCUUUCUGUGAAAAAAUCAGUUGGAAAAGUAAAAGGACAACAGAUUUUAACAUAUUGUAAAGAAAAAAUUGCAAAGAAAUCAAAUGUUGUUGCAAUAAAUACUCAUGAAGUCACUCAUCAGAAUUUAAUUCCAGAGAAACCUAAAUGUGAGCCAGUAACUGAAAAACAAAACUCUAUAGAAAAAGCUCAAAAAGUAAGUAUUAAUCAAAAAUGUUCAAAUAAUCAGGCCUCAGAGUCACUCGCUUUUCUGUAUCUUAAAUUUUGGGGUGGGGGUGAAAGUAAUGAGCACAAUUGCCAUCGGCCCAUGGGACAUCCUUCCCUCGAUGCUACAUUGGGACACAAUAUCAAAUACAGUGCCUUUCACACUAGCAGGUGCAAGCACCUGCUAGUAAGGGAUUGGCCGAAGCGAAAAGAAAGAGCCUGGUUCAAUAUAAAGAAAGAUUCCUCCAACAUAUGCUGGAUGGCAGUACAGCCGACAUACCAAAAUCUAUUCUUCAGAGUUGCAUUUCCUUCUACGGAGAUUAAAAAUAAGUAUUCUAAACAUCCCUACGUUUUUGGCAUUUCUAAAUCAGAGACAAUUAAUGAAUCUGUUGAAAACAUAAAGCAAUCUUCUGUAGCAUCUUUGCCAUUAUCUCAUGAAAAAAUUAAAACUAAUACUACUGCUACUACAACUACUACUAUCACUACUGCUAUUACAUCUGUUACUACUACUACUACAUCAUUGGUAAAAAGCAAUUUAGAUAAAAAGAAAGUUCCACAAGUUAGUCAGUCUGCAAAAGAUGAUGAUAAAAAUGAAGCAGAAGUUCUGAAAUUACUUAAAACAGAAAAUACUGCAGAAACAGUCAUAGAAUCAACAACAUCUGAAAAAUCUUCUGAGGAAAAUAGUUACAAAACAGACAAUACAGAAACAGUAAAAAUAAAUAAAGAAAAACAAAAUAUUACAAAAGAUGAACCAGGAAAGAAAGUUCCAUUUUUUGAUGAAGCAGUAUGGUCCAUUAGAAGAAGUGAAAGAAUUUUUCUUCAUGAAGCUGGUGUGGUAAAGUCAACAUAUGAAAACAGUUCUUCUUGUUCAAGUAAAAACAAACGCACUAUAUCAACUUUAACCACAAAACUAACUGAAAAGUCAUCAUUAUCAUCAACUCUUUCCUUAUCUGCCUUAUCCAAAUCUGAUAAUGUUGUAAAGGCAAAAUUAAAUCAUAAGACUUCUGAUUCUGUUCUGAAAACUAAAAGGAAAAUUCCUAUUAAAAAAUCAAAUGAGUUAGCAGUUAAAAAGACAUCUAAAGUGCAGAGUAAGCAGAACCAGGUGGAGCUACUUUCUGUUGUUAAAAAGAGCAGUACGGAUUCGUCAUCGUCGUCAGAUUCUGACAGUUCCGACGAUAGCGACAGCAGUUCCAGCACUAGCAGUGAUGAUAGCGACGAUACUCCAUUAAGUGCCCUGAUCAAGAGACCUCUACCGACACCAUCUGAUGCAAUAGCAAAAGCCAAAUCUUGUGUCAUGACAGCAGAAAAAUUGCAAGAUAAACAGCGUGUAUUAAUGAUGGAAGACGGAUUGUUCUAUGCAGGAAAUGUUAUUGCCAUUCAUGCACCGGACGUCUAUGGAAUUCAUUUGGAUGGAGACAGAGGAAGCAGGCUUCGUAUUUAUUCAAUGGAAGAAAUGUUAAAAGAGACAGUUUUAGAGGUAAAACCAACUUCACAUCAUCAUCUUAUUGAAGGUUCCAGAGUUUGUGCAUUUUGGAGUCAGCAGUACAGAUGUCUGUAUCCUGGAACAGUAACAAAAUCAAAUUCUGUGCCCAGUGACGAUCUGAUAUAUGUGGAAUUUGAUGACGGCGAUUCCGGUCGCAUUCCUCUCGAAGACAUUCGUCUGUUGCCUCCUAAUUAUCCUAUUGUCACUGUGAAGCCGACACCACUUCUGGCACUUAAACGAAGGCACUGUGCAGCUUCAAGCAAACAAAGUAUGGACGAUAAAAAAUUAGCAGAUUCCAUACGGGAAUCUUGUCAAAUGAACAAAAAAACUAAAAUUUUAUCAAAUUCAAGUAAGAAAUCAAAAACAAAUCAGUUGGAAAAAAGUUCCCAUACUUCAUUCCAUUUGCCAAAGAAUGCAACAUCGUCUGUUACUGUAACAAAUAGCAACAACAGUAAUGUGUUAUCUACGACACAGCCCGUUGGUUUAUCUCUGUUAACAUCAAAGAAAGUAAUUAAAACUAAUUCCAAGAUAGCAUGUGCCAAGGAAAUAGGUGAAAAAUUAGAUAAAGAAAAACUGAACUCUUCAAGCAAAUUAACUACUAUGGCGACAAAUAAGCCAAAGAAGCACAAAAAACAUCGUGAUGAAUCAAAACAUCAUCAUCAUCACCACCAUCACCAUCACCAUCACCACAAAAAGCACAAAAUCAAUAAACAAAAAGUGUCAUCGUCAUCUGAGCAGUCAGGGGUGUCUCCAGUUUAUGCAUCUCCAUUGGAAAGUCCAUUUAAUGGGAGUAAUUACACCUUUUCAUCAGAUUUGUCACCUGUGUCCGCAUCAUCUCUCAAUGCCAAUUCCAGCCUUUCUGUACAGUCUAAUUUACAGAAUGAUAGGAAAAAAUCUGAAUUAACUGUUAAAAUUAAGACAAAUACUACAGAAUCUCUACCUCAUCAUCACGAUGAACUGGAUAACAACUCCUCAAAAAACAGUAGUGACUGUUCCGAUACCAGUGAUAGCUCUGACGAUGACAGUAUUGACAGUGUUCCCCAAGAAAAGAAAGCUAAGAUUGUAAGCAGUCAUUCCGAAAACGGUGAAAAGAAACGGCGCGAUAGGAGGCCGUCAGUAGAAAAGAGCAAAAUUGCAGCAUUCCUGCCAGCGCGCCAGUUGUGGCGAUGGUCUGGUAAUUGUUUCCGACGUCGUGGUACAAAAGGAAGAGCAAAGAAAGAUUAUUACAGAGCUGUUACUAGGGGGAAAGAAACUAUAAAGGUGGGAGACUGUGCGGUAUUUUUAUCUACUGGUAGACCUCAUCUGCCGUACAUAGGACGCAUCGAGACCAUGUGGCAGUCGUGGGGUGGAAACAUGGUCGUCAAAGUAAAAUGGUUUUAUCAUCCCGAAGAAACCAGAGGUGGAAAACGGCUAGCAGGUUUAAAGGGUGCACUCUUCCAGUCUUCCCAUCUUGAUGAAAAUGAUGUCCAAACAAUUUCUCACAAGUGUGAAGUUUUAUCUUGGGAAGAAUAUAAGAAAAGGAGGGACCAAGAGGUGUGCCAAAACCCAACGUUUGGCUCAAUAUUCGACAACAAUGACAUCUACUACUUAGCGGGAACAUACGAACCCACGACAGGAAUCAUCACAAUGGAACCUGGGAUAACCUGAGACAGAAUUUAUAUCAUACAACUUUCCUAGUGUAGUUGCCAUUGCAAAGUAAUAUUACAGAAUACCCUUAAACUGUGGACUUUAAUUUUCCGGAUAUUAUGGGAGAUGUGUGGCUUUCCAAUUUUGCAAACAGUUGCUUCCAAAAUGAAAUAUAUUGAAGAUAAAAUAUAAAUAUAUAUAUAGAUAUAUAUUCACACACCCCCUUCCAAACAAACCUUGAUCCUACUGCAGUCAUGUUUUAUGAUAUUUUUGCCAUUGUAGAAUGCAUGGUAGAUUUCAGUUGUCAGUGAAAAACAUGCAAGGUGGAAGUAAUGAGUGAUUAUUGUCCAUAAUGUUAUCAGUUUCCAAAAGGAAAAUGAAAUUAAUGUAGAUUGGGCCCUAUUGUUGUGAGCUUUUUCUCUGUAUAUCUAAAAUAUUUACCGUACGGCAGUCGAACUGUUGUUUAAAGAUUUUUUUGUUGUCAGUUUAUGUUCUUUGUUAUUGAAGGGUCCAUAAAGAUUUAACGAUUUCUUUUAAAGUACAAUGUUGCUUGUUUGAAAAGUAUAUCUCAUCGGCUUGUUAUGAUGUUAUCGCUUUUACACAACUAAGUUGUGAUUUACUAGUGUAAGAAUAUUUUAAAGUACCUGGUUAUAGAGUUAGUUGCCAUCUCAAUAGCUUCAAAAUGUUGGAUUAUAUAUGUUCUAAAUUUUGUUACAGUUUUAAUGUUAUCAUCUAGAAGAAAUGCAAGAGCAUAAGUGUAACCCAUUAAAAAGAAAAAAAAAAACACAUUUAAAAUAUCGAGGCAAUCCGUCGUCGAUUGCCAACAUAAUUUGGUGCAGCUGAAAUUGUUAUAAUGAGCUUUAGCAAAGUUGUUAAUAAAAAUGUUGGCACAGUUUUAUUUAAAGAGGCAAAUAAAUUUAUAAAUUUUAUGGUAAAUUUUAAUCUAUGUAUAGAGUGUAAAAAAAUUGGCCAUUUUCUUUCUAUAACUCUUUUUAUCUGCUGGCAACGAGUCUAAUCGACAGUAACAACUAAAUGCACAAAAGUUUCUUAUGCAAAGCAUUGUCAUACCAGACGGUUGUCAGUGCAGACUCCAGCUACCCACCAAAGACCGAGUAGUUUUAGAAAGGCACAAUCUCCAGUUUAACCGGCUACGUAACUACCGUGGGGAUAAUGCACCCUUAACGGUAGCAAAAGUGUUGAUUGUCCUAGUAGUUGACCAUAUGCAAAAAAAAAAAAAUUAAAAAAGUUAAAAAAAAUAAUAUUCAAAAGUGAUCAUAAGCAUUACUUUAGCAGUGUAAGUUGCACCACUUGUACAGUGUGUAUAAAGUCUGUGUAUUAUAAGGUAUAUCCCAGUGAAACCCUGUCUAUUUUUAUAAAGUUGUAUGGAGUGUGUCUAGCAAGGUACUGGUUUGUAUAUAGAAUCAUUAUUAUAAGCUGGGACAGAAAUUAUUUUGUCGGUAAUGGAUGUUUGAAUUAAAUGUUUCAGGAUGCAAGUCGGAGCCAGACAUGCAAAAUUUAACAAUAUACAAUGAAAAAAUAUAAAAAAAAAUAUAUAUAUACAAAAUAGUAUUUUCUUCUGUCGAGAAAAUUUCCAGAGCAAUUGUUUUUAUUAUUGGUUGUUAACUCAUUUGAGUCGUUUACCAGAAUACAUAGCUAGCACCGUAAGCACGUAAUUUUCACAUAUCGACUGUUUUCACGGUGCAGAAAAUUUUCUCCUCUUAUAGAAUCGUCGGCCUGUUGGGAUUUGUUUGCCAAUUACUCAGUGUUAAAAUAGGCAAGGUAGUUAAUUGUUUCUUGCUAUUAUGCUUCAGUGGCAUGUCCACCAUCAAGGCUCCUGUAACUGAUAGAUGUUGUGUACAGAUUUCUGUUGUAAUAUGAACAUAAAACUAUUGUGACGUAAGCAUUUUAUUCUACCCAAUUGUUGCAGCUGCUUUUGUGGCAAAAUCUAUUAAAUUCAUUUUCCCUUGCUAUU